UGCGAUGACCUUUUCAAUUCCAUCCGUAACUAUGACAAGUGUCAUUUCCUCAGUACUGACACUGUAGUAAUAACACCUUAAUUAAUGUUAAUUCGGCGGCCCAAUUAAAUAAUACGUGUUGUGGGAUGUCUAUGGAUUGUGCGAGGGCAUUUUCAUUUUACCACACCCGUCGUCACCAUCGGUACUUAGUGAUUGCAUCAAUGGUGUCAAAAUGAAGUGGAUUUUUUACGUUAUUGUGUUCGUUUAUUUGGUUUUUAGAGCAGUGUACGGAGCCAAAGAAGUACAGAGCAGUGUCACAAUUGAAGAGAUAGAUUAUGGAAAAAAUAAUUUCUCGAAAGCGGGUAGCAAAAUGCUUAUUAAUUGCAAAUAUUCCGUUAAACAUCAAAGGGUGGAAUGGUUCGACGCGGCAGGCAACGUGGUGAAGCGAGAGCCAACAAACCGCGUGUACGCGCAAGAACACUUCGUGCAAACGCUUAAAGGAGCACGAACCCCAGCCCUGGUAUUAACGUUUAAAAACAUCCGCCCUAAAGACGCAGGCAUGUAUGAAUGCCGCUCAGGAAGCUUUAGCCAAUAUGCCAGCGUUUGUGUUAUAGACCCUUUGGAGUUCGUGGAUACCCCGGCGGAGGUCACAGCUGAUCUCGGCCGCUCGAUUACUCUCAGCUGUCAGGCUAAAGGAGAUCCAGAGCCCAGGAUUGUUUGGAAACGAAACGGAGAAACCAUUCAUGAUGACACCGAAGGCUCCAAAUACCGAGUGAUGACAAAGUACAACAGCGAAGGGUUCGAAGGGCUCCUCACUGUAACGUCUCUUGAACCAGGAGACAGUGGUGUUUAUUACUGCGUCGCAAUACAGGAGAACUCACGCUCCGAGGACUGCGCGCAUUCUGAAGCUAUGAAUAUCACUCUGCAUGUAAACUAUGAUCCAGUAUUUGAGAACGGCAACGACAUUGAACAAGUUUUUAGCCAAAAUAAUGAAAGUGUUAACUUAGUAUGUGCUGCAAGUGGCUAUCCGCCUCCUACAUACAAAUGGUUCAGAGACGUGAGCUCCGACACGUUGAGUGAGAUCGAUGAAAAACAAACAACAUUUAACGAAGAGUUGGACCAAUCUACGUUGAGCAUCAUUGCCGGUGAAAAUACUUUUGGGCAAAGAUACGUAUGUAAGGCCAGCAACGAGCUUGGAACCGCGGAGAAAUAUUUCACGAUUUUAAAAAUUGAUAAGCCCCAAGUUCCUGAUCAGGUGACGUUCUACAAGUCCGUUUCUAAUGCCAUCGAUUUAGACGUAUCCUGGUCUGAUACUAUACACUUUCCUAUUGAUGGUUGCCAAAUCCAAUAUUUGAAAACGACACGUCUAAAGUAUCCCGAUUCGGUGCCCAGAGAAGCCGAUUGGAAGAUUGCGAAACGAAUCAACGUUCCCAUGGUUCAGUUAGAUUCUUUGGAUCCUGACGUGAAGGGUAUGCUAGCAACAAUACCAAACUUAGAGCCUCUGACAAAAUAUUGGACUAGACUACGGGUUGUGAACGACGCUGGCGAGUCUCCAUGGUUUAUGCCAGUCCUUGCUUCUACGAGUGAAGAAGAAGAACAGGAAGAAACCGAAGCACCAACAACAGAAGAGGCUGUAGAAGAAAAAACAGUGAAAGCCGAAUUGACAUCUGAUGGCACGUUUUACGGCAUAUUUUUCACUGCAGGAAUCAUAAUUAUUGCUGUUGUAUGCAUGAUGGCAAUGAGAGUUGUUUAAGUUAGUAUUAAAAGAGAUGUGUUUCAUUAAUUUAAAUAUGUUUUUUCUUUUGUUGUGAUAGAAGAGUUAAUAAAAUUCCAUCGUAA